AUGUCCGGCGUAGUAAACUCCAAGACGCCCUCGCCCACACGCGACAAAGACAAGAAGCAUCGAUUUAGUCGCUUACUAGGGAAACGAGAGAAAACUCCUGAGCCUGCCCCUGGGGCUGGCCUUGACUCUGCCUACGGCAGCAGCGAAGGGAACAGUGGAGAGGGACCCCAAGGGGUUAUACCAGAGAAUGAGAGACACACCAGCGACAUUAUCCCCGCUGAAAAGAAUAGUGAGAUAGCGAACAUCGAUCAAGAUCGGAAUCUUGCUGUGAGGCCGUCCACUGGGGAGGUCUUCGAUGAGGAUACAGGCGAGGUAGUUACAGUGGUGACCACCACGACAACAACGACGACCACGACAACCACGAGGGGCGGCAAGAAGCACCAAGAUGUUCAAAAGGAUGUCAAGCGUGAGGUCCAGUCCGGUCCAGCCCAGCCGCCGCCGCACCUAUUGGAAAUGCCAGCUGGCCCUACAACGCCCGAGCCAGCAAAUUAUCUACCUGCUCAGACAUCCACGAGCACAACUCAUCAAGGACGGCCGCCGGUGACCACUGGAGGAAUGCUGGCGGCCGAACAGCCUCGUAUACCUGCGAAAAGCCCAAAGCGGAGGUCGGGCGAUUUCUCUCGGGAGACAACUAGAGACGGAUACCCCGGAUACCCCAUUGAUCAUGCCCCCGUAAGCCCCGUCGAACCUCAGCCUCCGUUUCUGAGUCGUGAUAGUGGCACGCCUCCGGCGAGUCCCUCGAGGCCCAAUUUCAGCUACCCCAGUCGAUCAUCCCUCACGACGGCGGGACAGCCACAGCGGCAUAACCAAACUACCAUUAACGACCUGAGAGCGGCAGCCAAGGGGCUCCACGGCGUCGGCGAGACUCUUCGGGGCACUCUGAACUCGACAAUCGAUCGCCGUUUCCCGUCGAAGAACCCAGAAAAAGCAGCCCGAACCAAUGCUUACAACGAGGAAGUCCUAGAAAGGGGCCGUACCGAGAUGGAAGGCAUCCCGGGGGGCUGGCCUGCACACGAAACCCCCGAGUAUCAUCCGGUGCCUGUCCACGACACUACUACGUUACCACAGGAGCCGGUGGCCCCAGGGACGGCGAGAGAAAUCUCGCCUACCGUGGACGAGAAGAAAGGCCUGCGGAAGCUGUUCAAACGUAAACCUGUGGCUGAACAAGGUAUGCCCAGAUGA